GUGGGCUGCUUCUACUACUGCUGCGCUGGGCUGGGCUGGGCGGGUUGCACCGAAGCUCGCCUGAACACAGCGGCUCCUGAGAGAGUGGAGACGCCUCAGAACAGCCUCAGGAGCAGUGUGCUUAAAAGACUCUCGCAGCUCUCCAAUGGCCAGCAACAACACCGCCAGCAUAGCUCAAGCAAGAAAACUGGUAGAACAACUGAAGAUGGAAGCUAACAUUGAUAGGAUAAAGGUAUCCAAGGCUGCCGCAGACCUGAUGGCCUAUUGCGAAGCGCAUGCCAAGGAGGAUCCGCUGAUGACCCCUGUUCCUGCUUCAGAGAACCCCUUUAGGGAGAAGAAGUUUUUCUGUGCUAUCCUUUAAGUCUUCACGAGAAGCCUGCAGAGCCUCGGGGGCUCCUGAGACAGUGAUGUAGAGUUUUUAGGAAAGUGGGCACCUUUCUUGUCCACAGCAUUUGAAGAGAGAGAGAGAACCAGCCUGGCAACUCCAGGCUAUGCAUGUUUAAAGAACGAGACCCCUUUACGAGAAUGAAAGCUGUUGUACAGCCUGAGUGAAGAGGUCGGAUACCUGCACUGCCGCCUGGAGCAGGGGACUAUGUAAUCGGUGUCAUUUCUUUUCUGCUAUCCCUCCCCAAACAUUCUGUUUCUUCUCUGUAUUUUAAAAAAUUAAUAAUGAUA